AUGGAAAUUAGGUGGAGUCUGUUCAUAGCGCUCCUGCUGCUUGGGGCUGCAGUCGCGUCUGAAGAAGAAGAUGAAGUUCCUGAUGCAGGAGUUGAAGAAGAUGAUGAACUGGCAUUAAAUCAAGAGGAAACACGUAACCUCAGACCACGUGCGUAUACACAAGCUGCUUAUUCAAACACCUUACCGAGUGGUUUUCGACCCACUCCUUCUCUGGCCGAACUGGCGGGAUAUCAAAGACAGCAAGAGCAACAGGAAUAUGAAAUACCAACCAGACCUCAGGUUUAUGAAGAGGAGCAGACUCAACAAGUGAGGGCACCUCAUAGGAAGCCUCAAGGGACUCGCCCAACAAAAACUAAACAGCAGCUUCUAGACGAAGAAGAAAUAGUAGAAGAUAGAGAAGAACCCGACCGUCUCUCCACAUUAUUGCAACAGUCUAAGUUCGAUUGUGUAAACAAGAACACUGGAUACUACGCCGAUCAGGAGCUAAAUUGUGAAGUGUUCCACUAUUGCCAGGAUAAUGUGAAGCAUUCCUGGAUCUGCCCUGAAGGUUUUAGUUUCCAUCAGGUCCAUCUAAUUUGCAUGCCGCCAACUCACGACAACAUCUGCCAAAAAUCUCAGAAAUACCAUUUCAUCAACGACUACCUCUAUCGUCCCAUUAACGAGGAAGAAGUUGAGAGGAAGCCUAAUGUAUCACUCAAAUACUCUGACCGCUACUACCCCUCUGAGGUGUACAGGGAUGACCGUUAUGAACAAGAGGAAGAGGAAGAAGAACCACGCAGACCUCCUCCCGCACAACAAGCGAGACCAGCGCGUCCUCAAUACCAGCCCCAAGUAUUCCGAUCAGCUGAAGAAGUCAACAUACCCUUAGUCCAGAGACGUCCUCAACGCCCUUACGAUUACGAAAAC